AUGUCCCGGGGCAACUACGGUACAGUAAAUUACCAAGGUCGCGGUUACAAUGAUAAGCGCGAGCUGACUCUAUUAGAAGGCAUGGCCAACUGCGGAGGAUGGAGCGAGGAGCCGGUAUCAAAAGAUAAGCAACGCCCACCGAUUUACAAUCCAGAGGAUUACGCUGCUUCUUUGAAGAAAUGGGGAAAGAAAACCAGCUCCGCCAGUUUAUACGACGUGGAACAAGGACAGGAUACGAACAAGGCUCAGACACUACCGACACAGAAUAGCAAGGAUUUUAGAAAUCCCUGUCUGAGUUUAGGAGAGGAAAUGAGUCUACGUCAAUUUGGCACCAUCAGCGAACUUUUAACAAAACUCCGAGCCGAUCUUCGACUUUCAUUUGCCAGUUUCGUUCAAGAGUUCUGUUCAGAGCCGUUGGACGGCGUUACUUUACUUCUGGAACUUCUGCGAAAUAUCCAGCUGAGUCAGAAUGGUGAGGCGGCGAGAGGUCCACCAGCAGUAAGACGACGACCACUUCUAGAUGAACUGGCUUGCCUCCAAUGUCUCUGGAGCUGCUGCAGUAGGUAUACUGACUGCGUCCGUCGUCUGGUCGCCAGUUCAAAUGGAGUCUACGGCCUUACAGUCUGCAUUAUGUCCACAGUCAAUAAGACGAGGAUAUUGGCUUUACAGCUAUUAACUCAAGCGUGCCCAUACGGUACUACCGCUGUAUCCGAAGCCUUAUCAACUCUUCGUCUCCGUUACGGUGAGCCUGUACGGUUCAGGUUCUUAGUCGGUGCCCUUCAGUCUGGAGGGACGGGUGCCCUUCAGACAGCGGGACUAGCUUUCCUUAACUCACUACUAGCAAGCCGGCCGCCUCGAGCCAGACUAUAUAUACAGGCUGAGCUAGAACAAGCUGGUUUCGAUAUCAACAGCUUUAAGAAGGCCAUUGCCAAAUCUCCUCAUCCUAACGAGGAUCUGAUGAAGGAAAUUGAAAAGUACGAACAGCAGCUGAUAGACAUCGACACGUUGAAUGAAAAGGCGAAUGAGGCGCUGAAGGAAAAAGACGAUCUUAGACAUAAACUGGAGCUAUUGGAGAAAAGAGUUAAGAUACUACAAGAGGAGAAAGGCAUAUUGCUAUCUCUAGAGAAAUGCUUGCAAGAGAAAUGCUGUGAGUUACAAGAAGAAGUGAGCACACUAAAAUCUGAACAUGGGAACUCAAAUCGGAAGAAGACAUUUCUGAUGAAGAAAAAAAACUCCAAUAAUAAUAGAGAUGAAACAUCACCACCAGAAGACGAAGGCAUCAGUUCCUCGGAACGAUCCUUGAGUCCCGACGGAGAUCAACAGAGAGAGUCCAUGGUAUAUGAAGUGUUCAACAUAAAGAAUGAAACAUACGAUCUAAAGAGAAACAAACGAUCGUUACACAAGAAGGGAGAUACCAAGAAAAAUGACAAAAAAUCCUCUGAUGAAGAAGACGAAACAACUAUCGACGAAGUCAUACAGGAGCUUAGGAAUAUUGUAAACCACGCGGAGAUAGAACAACUAAGAGGUAGGUCCAGAAUAAAUAAUAGCUCAGAACAGAAAACGCAAAGAGAAGACUCCAUUACUAGCACGAGACAUAGCAUUCAAAUAACAACGGAUGAUGAUCAAAAUGAAGAAGAAGCAGAGAUUGUACCAAGUAAGAUACUACCACAUCCACCAAGAAAAGCUAAGAGUCUCAUACAUCUGUUCAUACCGCCAGGAGGUCAGGGUCUGUAUAGCAAAGCGCCGGACAUCUUCGAAGAAAACAACUUCUAUUCUAGCGAUGAAGGUUCAGACUCGCUACUUAGCGCAUCACGUUGCCAAGAACCUGUGCAAAAAAAAUCUGAUGCUAGCUUCGAUUUUAAUGAAUGUCGCGCUAAAUUCAACGCUAGCCAAGAAGACAGUGCGAAGCGAUCAAGAACAAGAUCGAGAGAUGAUAAAUCAGUUAAAAGAACCGAAUCCUUCCAGAAUUCAGAGAAAGGAUCACGGCAAAGAGAAUACAUAGAUAGCAUGUUCUAUGAAAACUCGUUGAACGAUAACCAAGAAAAUGCGAAGUGCAGUCGCGUUGACGAGAUAGUCAAUCUGAUAGAAUCCAAAAAGUUAACAAAGAGUCUAGAGAGGAUCGAUGAAGGUCUCAACUCUAUGGUGGACAUCGUAGUAACUAACGAACCGAGGAAAUAUUCGUACGAGAAACGGCAACGAUCCACCUCAAGAACAAAUAGUGAUGCUGGAGAGCCUUUAAUACCCAUCACGAGAUCGAACAGCAGAAUAUAUGAUUCAAAGAGCCAAGAUAAACAUAAACUGAACAUCGGCUUUGACCAUCCAUUCAACAAUACCUUCAUAAUGAAACGCGGGAGUACUUCAGGGUUUUACUCCGGAACCCAUAUAUUAAGAGACGCUCCAGCCAGUAUGACGAGUCUCGUAAUGAACGGAACACAUAGCUAUAACGAUCUAAAGAAAACUACGAAUACUAUGGGAUCAAACUUCGCACUCAACAAAGUAACGGACAUGCCGAAGAUCUGUAUCAAUUGCGGCAUACCCGGUCUAGGUACCGGCUUACAUUUAGAACACCUGGGUUCAACAGGAUCUAUGCAGCCUGCUGUAAUACCUACAGAAUAUUUAGUCACUAGAUUGUCUAUCAUAGAUGUCAGCUAUUUGGCUAAAUCAAAUCCCAACUUAGUUUUAACGUUGGACGUGGCUUUACAGUGGCCAGUUUUAAAAUACGAUCCUCUAGAACCAACGCUGAUUCUUUUUAAAUUCGGCUGGACAGCUUCCAAUCAACUUAAAAGAAGAUGUGUUUGUAAAAUACCAGGUCUUAGUUACGAACUAGCUGAAUUUAUCGCCUCCAAUCUGAGUCACGUGGUGGGUGUGGCGACUGACGCUCCUACUCUCGAGUCAGACCAGACUAGAGAGAUGACGAAACACACAGUAUCUAACGUACUCGGCAAGAGUGGCGUUUAUAUGAUAGAGAAUGUUCACAUAAACGGGAAAAUACCAGAACGAGGAUGUCUGAGUAUAACGAUGCCUUUGAUGAUGAUUGAGGCGAGCUACGUUCCAACAAGACUCACUGCGUUCUGUCCAACACAGAAGACUGAUUAUAAAGUUAAUUUAGCUCUGACCAAGACAAGUGAUAUUAGAAAAACAAUGAGCAGAGUUAACCAAGUCAAUCUAUAUGAAAUAUUAAAUUAA